AUAUCUUGGAAUUAGCGCGGCAACUCCAGGAACGGUGGCGCAGCGCAAUGUUACCCAUGUCUAGUUGUAAAUAUAUUUUGACAAAGUGUUUCUCGUUCGCCAAAACUCAUAACGAAUUACGUCUUAUAAAGAAAAAUUUUCCAAAUUUAAAAGGCUUAUAAAAAGUUAGUAAUAUACGCGUUUAAUAUCGCCAAAAAGUGCAAACAGUGAUCGCGAUCGGGCAAAGAAGCGCCUAGUGCCGAGUAAACGGCAACGAGGACGACCAACGGAGCACAGCAGUGUAGCAAAAACGUGACCACUUCAUAGCCACAGUAUAAGGCUUCCAUUAAAAUUAAUUUGCGUCCAAUAAAUUCACCUAGCUGUAUAAGAUAUCAAGCAGAAAAUUACAAGAUUGUUAUAGCGAAAUUAGAACAGCAAUUGUUAUAGAAUCAUAAAAAAGUGAAGGGCAAAAAUUCAGUGGAAUUAUGAGUGUUGUACGCCACUUUGUGCUGCUGUCACAGCUGCCUAGAUUUGGACAAAAUUAUUAUUGGCUUAGAGGUGUGUGUUGUGCCAGUGUUGUUACGCAGAUCAAAAACCCCAAUGACACGGUGACCUCCUCAGCACGUUGUUUGCACAAUCACACAGAUUGCGGCGAUGCUUUUCGCACAUCCGUCACAAUGACCAGCGCGACGUCGGGUAGUGGCAGCACCACCACCAGUGGCACUACAUCGGGCACAGGCGCCAGCAGUGGCGGAGGUUCGAUGGGUGGUGGCGUUGGUGGCGGUGGCGGUGCUUCGACCACAGGCAGCGGCGGUGAGCCGCCGAACGAUAAGAAUAUACUCUCCUGCCCGAAAUGCGGUAAUCCAUGCACGCAGGUGGAGACGUUCGUCAGUUCGACGCGUUUCGUAAAAUGCGCCAAAUGUAAUCACUUCUUUGUCGUCCUCUCUGAGGUCGAUACGAAGAAGAAUACGAAAGAGGAGCCGAAAAAUUAUCGCAAACCACCACCACCACCGCAAAAAAUUAUGGAAUAUUUGGACCGGCAUGUGGUGGGCCAAGACUUUGCGAAGAAAGUACUAUCCGUUGCUGUUUACAAUCACUACAAACGUAUUCACCACAAUUUGCCACAAGUGCAGACGCAAACGACCAUACAGACCGCCGAAGCAAUGGGUCGCACAGAUUUGCUGCACAUCUCCGGUAUUGGACAUACAAUUUCCAACACACAGGGCACUGAGUUGCCGCCGAAGGGACAUCUCCCGGGCAGCAGUGUUGGUGGUGGCGCACAUCAUGCGUAUUCAGAUUCCGGUUCAGAAAUAUUGGAUAAGCAAAAUUACGAAGUUAAAUUGGAGAAGAGUAAUAUUUUGAUGUUGGGUCCAACUGGUUCGGGAAAAACUUUGAUCGCCCAAACUAUUGCGCGCUGUCUAGAUGUACCGUUUGCGAUCUGCGACUGCACUACACUCACACAGGCCGGCUAUGUGGGCGAGGAUAUCGAAAGCGUAAUUUCAAAGCUGUUGCAAGAUGCUAAUUACAAUGUUGACCGCGCUCAGACGGGCAUUGUAUUCUUGGACGAA